GAUGUUGUGUAGCAUUUCGUUCCUCUCCACUCUCACGGUGGAUCCGCGUCGCCAUGGCGAGCCGAAAAACUUCGCAGCAAACCCGGGACAACGGGGACAAAUACUCGGUGCUGUUACCGACCUACAACGAAAGGGAGAACCUGCCGCUGAUAGUGUGGCUGCUGGUCAAAUAUUUCGGUGAGAGUGGAUUUAACUACGAGAUCAUUGUGAUUGACGACGGGAGCCCGGAUGGGACGCUGGAGGUGGCCGAGCAGCUGCAGAAGAUUUACGGAGAGGAUAAAAUACUUCUACGACCAAGAGCAACGAAGUUAGGCCUCGGCACUGCCUACAUCCACGGCAUGAAGCACGCCACGGGGAACUUCAUCUUCAUCAUGGAUGCAGAUCUUUCCCAUCAUCCCAAGUUUAUCCCAGAAUUUAUUCAAAAGCAGAAGGAAGGGGAUUACGACGUGGUGUCCGGUACUCGGUACAGCGGGGACGGAGGCGUGUACGGCUGGGACCUGCGCAGGAAACUCAUCAGUCGGGGAGCCAACUUUUUGACUCAAGUGUUGCUGAGACCCGGUGCUUCAGACCUCACCGGCAGCUUCAGGCUGUACAAGAAGAAGGUUCUGGAGAGUCUGGUGGAGCGCUGUGUUUCCAAAGGGUACGUCUUUCAGAUGGAGAUGAUCGUCCGCGCCAGACAGCUCAACUACACGAUUGGAGAAGUACCCAUCUCCUUCGUGGAUCGGGUCUACGGAGAGUCCAAACUCGGAGGGAACGAGAUUGUGUCAUUUGCCAAAGGACUGCUCAUGCUCUUCGCCACAACAUGAUCAGCUCGGACGUCCCGCGGCCAUUUAGUUUUCCUUUG